CAGCAUUUCAACUGUCUCCAAGAUGAGCGUGAAAGGCAUGGUUAUAGUCUUGGCUGUGAUAUUCUGUGCUACAAUUGCUCAAGGCUUCCCAAUGUUCAAAGGGGGACGUUGUCUUUGCAUAGGCCCUGGAGUAAAAGCAGUGAAAGUGGCAAAUAUUGAGAAAGUCUCUGUAAUUUACCCAAGUAACAACUGUGACAAAAUAGAAGUGAUUAUCAUCCUGAAAACACAUAAAGGUCAAAGAUGCCUAAAUCCCAGAUCGAAGCAAGCGAACAUUAUAAUCAAGAAAGCUGAAAGAAUGAAUUUUUUAAAAUAUAAAAACAUCUGAAAUCCUGGAAAAGAGGAUUUGAAAACUCAGAACAAGUUUAACUGUGACUACUGAAAUUAUAAGAAUUCUGUAAUAAGCAACUGACUUUCUCCUGCCUGUUGCAAUGUACAUUCAUGCAUUUGUAGGUUAGGGAAACUUGUAGAAGAUUCGAUGCUUAUAACUAUUCUGCUGUGACUAUAAAAGUAUUUCUGUCUCUAUAAGUUACCUGCUGUUACUUGAUCUAUAUUCCAUAUUACAAUCUACAGUUAUAACGGAGACAUUACUGGAGUCAAGAUCUCCUGAGUUAAAAGCAUCCAUGUAUAUAAUAAACAUUCUCCAUAUAAUUUUAAUGCAAAUCUACAUUUCUUUUCCCCCAAAUUAGAUAGCAAAUAUAUAAGAAAAAAAUUCUUAUAUCUCAUUUUGUUUUAUAA